UAUUCCUGUGACUGCCACUUUCCGCUUUGCUCCUCCUCUGUAUCUCUUUUUCCGGCGGUCGGCAGCCGGCAGCUCUUUCUUCAGCUUCGUAAAUUUUGAUUGUUUUGACAGAGAUGGGUGCCAAAGGGAGGAAGAAAAGCAUAACUAAGAAGUUGAAGAAGGGUGCUAGCGAAUUCUCUGCUUCUUCAGUUUCUAAAGACAAAGCUGCUGACUUUCUGCCAUUGGAAGGUGGGCCGGCUAGAAAACUCCCGGAUACUGAAGUACGGGAAAGUAAAGCGACAAUAUUGUAUAUUGGAAGGAUUCCACAUGGAUUUUAUGAGAAUGAAAUGGAAGGUUUCUUUAAGCAAUUUGGUACAAUUAAGAGGCUUAGACUUGCAAGGAAUAAAAAGACAGGAAAAUCAAAGCAUUUUGGCUUCAUAGAAUUUGAGUCCCCUGAGGUUGCUAAAGUGGUUGCAGAUACCAUGCAUAACUAUCUAUUAUUUGAGCACUUGUUGCAAGUUCGUCUUAUUCCUCCUGAGCAUGUUCAUCCAAGAUUGUGGAAAGGUGUGAACCGCUGGUACAAACCGUUGGACUGGGUUAAAAUUGAAAGGAAGCGUCAGGACAAGGAAAGAACAUUGGUAGAGCAUAAUAAGUUGGUUGGAGAAAUUCUAAAACGUGACAAAAAGAGGCGAAAGAGGAUCGAGGCAGCUGGGAUUGAUUACGAGUGCCCAGAAAUGGUGGGUGCAAUUCAGGCUGCACCAAAGAAGAUCAGGUUCACGGAUUAGAUCUUUCUAAGAAAAGCUUGUCAGCAAAAUAGUAUCUAUGGCUACAAGUAGAUUACUAUGUGUGCGCGGUGUAACUGAGGAUCAGCUGAACUGACAGAUGAACGGCCGCAUUAUUUUGCUGCAGAGUUAACUUAUGAUGUUGUCAAAGGCUUGUUGAGCCAUCGAUAACAUUGGAUUUCUUUUAUUUUGAAAAAUUAGAAGAGAAAAAAGUGGUUGUGUAACUUGGAGAAGACAAGGAAGAAUUUGACAAUUUUGUCUAUUGAUAGUAUACCGUGAAUCUAUCAAUUUACUGUAAAGCAUUUUGUCAUUUGAUUUUUGAGUUGAAAAACAAUGUUAUAUAAUCAGCUCAUGCAUCGGUACA